CUCCUACAACCUUUACAUAUAUAUAUAUAUAUACAUACGCGUAUAUUUGUCAGCUAGCUGAUCGGAGAAGAAGAAGAAGAAGAAGAUGGGUUUGGGAAGUAAUUAUGAAAAGGCUAAGCCAUUUCUGGCUGUGGUUUUUAUGCAGUUCGGUUAUGCAGGCAUGUCUAUUAUAGCCAAAUCUGCCCUUAACCAGGGCAUGAGUCCUCAUGUGCUUGUUGUGUACAGACAUGCUAUUGCCACUCUUGUCAUUGCUCCUUUUGCGUUGGUUUUCGACAGGAAAGUCAGGCCAAAGAUGACUACUUCCGCAUUCAUUAAGAUAUUUUUCCUUGGUUUACUAGAGCCCACAAUAGACCAGAAUCUGUACUAUACAGGCAUGAAGUAUACCACAGCAACUUUCACAGCUGCCAUGUGCAAUGUUCUUCCUGCUUUUGCAUUUCUGAUGGCAUGGGUAUUAAGACUUGAGAAGGUGAAUAUAAGAAGAGUUCAUAGCCAGGCAAAGAUAUUAGGGACAGUGGUGACAGUGGGAGGAGCAAUGUUGAUGACAUUGGUGACUGGACCUUUGCUUAAUUUGCCUUGGACUAAACUCACUACAACUUCAAAUCAACAAUCAAAAAUUCCCAUCACUCCUCAAGACCCAAUCAAGGGUGCUAUUUUGAUCACAAUUGGUUGCUUCUGCUGGGCUGGUUUCAUCAUUCUUCAAGCAAUUACUCUAAAAUCAUACCCAGCAGAGCUGUCCCUCACAGCUUUGAUUUGCUUCAUGGGAACUUUAGAAGGAGCAAUUUUUGCUGUAGCAGUGGAGAGAAACAACCCAGCAGCCUGGGCCAUUCACUUUGACUCUAAAUUAUUGGCAGCUGUUUACAGUGGAGUAAUUUGCUCGGGAAUUGCUUAUUAUAUUCAAGGAGUGGUAAUGAAAAGUAAAGGACCUGUUUUUAUCACUGCUUUUAAUCCUCUAAGCAUGGUCAUUGUUGCAAUUUUGGGCUCCUUUAUUUUGUCUGAGGUUGUCUAUUUGGGAAGGAUUCUGGGAGCAGCUGUGAUUGUGAUAGGUCUAUACAUGGUUCUAUGGGGGAAGAGCAAAGAUGCUGCACCAUCAACUCUUCACACUAGUGAUGAAAUGACAUUACCAGCAACUAACGACAAUCAUGAAGAGAUUAUUCGUAAUGGGUCGAAUCCCAAGACAACAUCAUCGUCGAAUCAAGAAGAAUUUUUUGCAUUGGACAUGACAAAAGUUAGGCCUACCACUUAUGAAUCUGCUUAAUUGAUGAUCAACUUUUCUACUAAUUGAAAAUAGUACAGUAAUGAAUUAAGCUACCAAGAAGAAGGAGAAGAAGAAGAAGAAGAAGAUGAUGAUGAUGAUGAUGAUGAAGAAGAAGAAAUAAGUGGUGCAAAUUGGAAUUGAGUCUUCUGGGAAUGAUGGGAAUCAAGUAAUUCCAAUCUGUAACCCAUAAGGUUAAUUUUAAAUUAGAGAAAGUAAAUUUAAUUUUAAGUUUUUAGCUCUUUUUGUUAGGGGAAAAAAACAAUAAUAAUGUGUAGAGAGAGUUUUGAGUACAAGUCUUGAGCUGAUCUAAUAUGUCUUUCUACGUGGAUUUCCAAUAUAUCCGUAUUUUGAUUUCU